GCGUGCCCCGCCCCGUGACGCCGGUUGCCGUAGCGACGGGCGCGCCGUUCGCCGUUCCGCCCGCGGCGGCCCCGGCCAUGGCGGCGGAGGAGGAGGAGGGAGACGUGGAGUGGGUGGUGGACACGAUCGCCGGGUUCCUGCAGGGGCCCGCCUGGUCCAUCCCCAUCCUGGAGUUCAUGGAGCAGAAGUGCGAGGUGUUCGAUGAUGAAGAAGAAAGCAAAUUGUCUUAUACAGAGAUUUACCAGGAGUACCAAGCUCUGGUUGAGAGAUUGUUAGAAGACUAUCUUAAAGAAGUUGGAAUUAAUGAAGAGAAGUUUCAAGAAGCCUUUUCAUCUCCUCUUGCAAAGACACACACGUCACAGGCCAUUUUGCAAACUGUGUUGGCAGCAGAGGAUUUUAGACUAUUUAAAACAAUGAUGGUACAGAAGAAUAUUGAAAUGCAAUUGCAAGCUAUUAGGAUCAUCAAGGAAAGAAAUGGUGUGUUACCUGACUGUUUGACCGAGGGUUCUGAUGUAUUCAGUGAAAUUGAACAGGAAGAAAUGAAAAUACUGAGGGAGGUUCUCAGGAAAUCGAAGGAGGAAUACGAAAUAGAGCAAGACAGGAAAAGGACUGAAGAAGCCCGUGGUAAAGUUAAAUCAGCAGACGUCACCUGCAGUUCUCCAGGAGACUCGAGGGGAGCUGUACAGGUGAAGGGGUCCACCGAGGGAGCCCAUCCUGCUCAACAAACUCCAAAAACGCCUUUAGAGGGAUCUCGGGAAUCUGGGAGGGAAGACUUGAAACCGGUCCGUGCGUUCCACAGAGGCCCAGGCAGCUCAGCACGACCAGCCGGCAACAGGGGCACGGAAGAUGCCGGGAAAACGGCACCUGGAAGGGGUUCAGCAAACACAGCACCCAAAACGGGGCUGAAAGGACCUAAUUUCUCAGAACUCGAAGAACAGGAGCUGAAGCAGCGAGAGGACUACCUAAAGAAAAAACGAGACUUGCUGAUGGCUGCAAAGAAAGAGUCGAGAAAUAACGUCCUGGCGCCACCAGCCACGGAGCAGAAGAAGGAGCAAUCGUCUCCUAAAGAGCACUCGGGAGAGCGCCAGGGUUCCAAGGGCUCCCAGGAAAUGUCCGAAGAGAAGCAAAAAUUACUACAGAAGAGGAAAAUGCUGGCAGAAAAACUGAAAGAAGAAGUUAUCAAUAAGCGCUCCUGACAGUACUUCAGGGAAGAGCAGGGGUGGUGGGAACACGGAGUGAGGAGCAAGACGGAGGAGUGAGGAGUGAUGCGGCGGAGGAGGAAGGAGCGACUCACUUCACUCAGCCCCUCGCGGAGCUCGUUUGCGGUCACUGCUCAUCAGGACAAUCUGGCUCCACGGCCCAGGGGAUGCGAUUUUUCAGCCUCAGGUUAGUGAAGGCACGUUGUGCCGCUCCAGCAGCGCACACGGGUAGCGCCGGAGUUCAUCACCGGUACCGACGGCGAGAAAGGACUCAUCGGGAAGAAAAACACGAUGGCCACACAAUGAGCUGGACCAGCAAACGCUUCCUCAGCGCUGGGAGUUGAUGGGGCCUGUGGCCAAAACACGAGUCGUCCCCUUCUGUGCUGCCUGCAAAGGGGACACGUCGGUAACAAGUCACACCCUCCCGGGGGGAAUCGCGUCCACUGGGAUCCAGUUACUUUAAAACUACCUGGAUAACUCAUCUUCAAAAAUAUUCUAAAAUGGCCACAUUAAAAAUUCUGAGUCAAACUUACCACGUACGACAAACCAAACUGAAGCAGUAAUUAUGGAAUUACAGGGUCACAUUUUAAUUCCUGAAUUUUACAGUUCAGCAUUAAUAUCACCACAUGUAUACAAAUGGUGUAAAACAAGUACAGUGGUAUUUUUAAUACAAAAUAAACUUCUAUUUUAUGGAAAAAACUAUACUUCAUAUCUACACAGACAGCCCAUCUUUUUCCAAACAAUAGCUAAAAUUAAAAUUAACUACAAAAGUCUCCAAAACAGAGAAACUGCUUCAGUUUAAACUAUUCCAGGAGAAAUGGACCCAUAACACAUAUUACGAGUGACCGAUGUGGUGGAUCGCAGCUGGUUCCGGAUUUUAACGUGUCUGACGCGUUCAAUUUGUCGUCGGGAAAUCUCCUCGCGCUUCAUCAUGAUCUCAGAUCAUAGGGGCAAGCUCACAUCAAAAUACGUACGGUUCACUCGCUGCUCUUGAAACCAAAACCUGGACUGUUUGCCUCGUUUCACUCACCUAUUUCUGCCGCAGUUUGCUCACCUACUACGUGGAAUGUGCUUUUAUUUUUAAAAAGAAAGCGGCUUUCAUGCUGCUUGUUGCUUCCGCCCCAAAGAGCGCGUUCUGUUAGAGAUCAUUCCAUCUUGGUCCAAAGUGACUUUGGUGUUAAAACGCCGCUAAAUUCAUGGCCCUGAACGACGCAUUAGUGUUUCCUGUCGCCACCUCAGUUACGCGAGGGAAGCGCAGGCAGGAAAGCGCUUUCCUGCUCCGAGCAGACCCAGCGCGCCCAGCACCCAGAAAAGCACCGAAAUUCGCCUUUCCCCCCGCGGGUGCAGGGGGGCCGGGCCCAGCUCCGCUCACACAGGCGGCUGCGGGAGAGCGUGCGGAAGCGAGCGUUCCUCGGCAUGGACGCUACCGCCUGUCUCAUUAAAAAAUAAGCAAAACCAUC